AUGGGGGAAAAGGGGUUGGAUAUUAGGACAUUUGUAGAUGAUAACCACUCAAAAUAUCUGGAUGCAGUUAAAAAUUAUAGUUCACAUGUUGAUGAACUAGUAAAAUUUUUUGAUAAUUUUGAAGACCCAGCAGUUAAUCACAUAAAUUGGGGUAAACUAAAAUAUAAAGGUUAUUUACAAAAAAUAUACAACCAUGAUACUGAAGUAUUACCUAUAUAUUUAGACGACUUAAGAGAACAUUUUUGCAAAGAAAAUAAAGAUGCUGAUUAUUCAGUUUAUAAUGGUAUUAUGACAAAUACCCAUAGAUAUGUUGAACUAUUAUAUACAGCUGCCGAUAAAUGUUUAUCCGAUGAAUCCUAUAAACGAUUUAUUAAAGAAUAUGGUGAAGAAGAUGAAAAUGAAAAAACAAAACGUAGAAAUUUAAGAAGAAUAAAUAAUGAAGAUGUUAGUGGAUAUUCAACAGAUGAAAGUGAAAAAGAAGCAUUUAAUAAUUUAUUUAGAGAUAUGAUUAAACCUAUUGAAGAAAUUAGGGAAGAACGAAUGAGAGAAUAUAAAUUACCUGCAUAUUUAAGAGUUAAUUUUGAAAUAAUAUUAAUUCCAAGUUCUAGAGAUUUAAUUAGAAAAAUGAGAAUAGUAAAUGCUGACUGUAUUGGUUCAUUAAGUACAUUUGAAUGUGAAGUUAUACGAGCUACUCAAUUAAAACCAAGAAUUCAAGUUGCCACAUAUGAAUGUGAUAGAUGUCAUGUUUUUGCUUAUAAAGCUGUUGAUGGACCAUUUUUUAUGCCACUUUUUGAUUGUCCAGGUUGUACUAAUGUACAUGGAAUUAGAGGAUCAUUAAAAUUUCAAGCAAAAUUAAGUAAAUUUGUAAAAUAUCAAGAAAUAAAAGUUCAAGAAUUAGCUAGCCAACUUCCUGAAGGUGAUAUACCUAGAAGCAUGAAUUGUAUAAUACACGGUGCAUCUACUACAUCUGUUCAACCAGGUAUGCAUGUCACACUAACAGGGGUUCUAAUGCCUGUAACAAAAAGUGGGUUCCAAGCAUUAAAAGGUGGACUAAUUGCAGAAAAGGUUUUCCAUAUUUAUUAUGUUCAAAAUAAUAAAGAAAAUUUUAAUGAACAUAUAGAUAAUUAUGAUAAAAUUAUGGAAGAAGUUCAAAAAUUAAAGAGCAGUCCUAAUCUUUAUGAAAGAUUAGCAUAUAAUAUUGGACCUGAGAUAUAUGGUCAUGAAGAUGUUAAAAAGGCAUUAUUAUUACAAUUAAUAGGUGGAUGUACAAAAAAAAAAAAAGAUGGUGGUUUAAUAAGAGGUGACAUACAUAUAUUAUUAAUGGGAGAUCCCGGAGUAGCAAAAAGUCAACUUAUGAAAAAAGUUUGUUUAAUAGCUUCAAGAUCUAUUUAUACUACCGGAAAAGGUAGUAGUUCGGUUGGUUUAACUGCUGCUGUAUUAAAAGAUCCGAAUACCGGUGAAACGACCCUAGAAGGUGGUGCAUUAGUAUUAGCAGAUAAAGGAAUAUGUUGUAUUGACGAGUUUGAUAAAAUGGACGAAUUCGAUAGGUCAGCUAUUUAUGAAGUUAUGGAACAACAAACAGUUUCAAUAGCAAAAGCUGGUCAUUGUAGUAAUAUGCCUGCACGAUCAUCUGUUUUAGCAGCUGCUAAUCCAAUUAAUGGAAGAUAUGAUUGUAAAAAAUCGGUAAUGCUUAAUAUGAAUUUACCUGCUGCUUUGCUAACAAGAUUCGAUUUACAAUUUUUGCUUCUUGAUAUAUCAGAUCGAGAUAAGGAUAAAAGAUUAGCAGAGCAUGUAUUAAAUAUAUUGAAGUGUGUAGAUUCAACUGAUGAUAAGAAAAAAAAACGAAAAAAAAAAAAAUCAGGUUUAAACAAUAAAGAUGAUAAUGACGAUGAUGGAUAUGAAGAAAUUGACAAAACAGUCUUAAGAGCAUUCAUACAAUUAGCAAAAAGAAAACAACCAACUAUUUCCCCUGAACUAAUACCAAAAAUUACACAAUGGUAUGUUUCAUCAAGACAAUUAGAAUCACAACAAGAAAGAUAUAAUGAUACCCGUAUUAAUUAUACAACUCCUAGAGCUUUACUUGCUAUUUUACGAAUAUCCCAAGCAUUGGCAAGGGUAAGAGAUAGUGAUAUUAUUGAAACUCCUGAUUUCGAAGAAGCUAUUCGUUUAACAGAGCAAUCAAAAGCAAGUGUAUCAUUACAAACAGAAAAACGAAGAAAGAAAGAUUCUUCAACCGAAAUUAUGAAUAUUAUAAAAACAAUUAAAGAAAAGAUUAUGGAAAAGAAAAAGAGAUGGAAUGGUUGGAUACCAAUUGAAGAAAUAGAAAGGGAGUCAUUAACAAAGGGAUUUACAAAGGCACAUGUUUUUAGCACCAUAGAUAGAUAUGUAGAAUUGACUGUUUUUACAAUAAAUGAAGAAAACACAGCUAUUGCCUUCCCAAAUGAUGUAUAUGCCACUGGUGAUGAUGAUGAAAAUUAUUUUUAA